AUGGCUUCAUCAAUGGUAAACGAUAACCACGUUGCGAGCAGUCAGGCGGACACAAACUCAGACAAUGAAGACCAAGAAUCUAAUAGCGCCAACCUGACCGGCAAUGAGGACGAGGAGCUCGAGGAGAUCAAAGCUAGAGUCCGUGAAAUGGAAGAGGAAGCUGAAAAGCUAAAACAGAUGCAAGAUGAUAUACUGGCAAGUGCAAGUCAGAAUGACUCGGUUACGCUAUCGCCGGAGGAAAAAGCCGAAGCUGAUGCCAGAUCAAUCUUUGUCGGCAAUGUCGACUACUCGGCUACAGCAGAUGACUUGGAGAAACAUUUCCACGGUUGUGGUUCUAUUAAUCGGGUAACCAUACUCUGUGAUAAAUAUACGGGUCAUCCAAAAGGAUUUGCCUACAUUGAGUUUGGCGAAAAAGAUUCCGUGGAAACAGCUACUGCUUUAGAUGACUCGCUUUUUAAAGGCCGACAAAUUAAGGUUUCAGCAAAACGAACAAACCGCCCUGGACUAAGUACCACUAAUCGUCCGCCUCGUGGCCGUGGCUCUCGUGGCCGUGGUGGUUUCGGACGUGGUUACAAUGCCGGUGGCUUUGGAGGCGGAAGCCCUUGGGGUGGCGGUGGAUUUCGCGGUGGCCGAAGACCGUUCAGGCAAAUGUAA